AUGCCAAACCCAAAACCGCCAUUUCCCUUUCUCUUCGCCAUUCUCUUCUUCUUCAUUCUACCCCUCAUCUUUUCCCAAAAUGGCGAGCAUUUCCAGUUCACGGAGGCAGGAAAGCGGCGAGUCCACAUCACUGACGACCUGGACGACGUCGUAGACGACGAAGAGGACGAUACUUGGAAAGAAUGGGGCAAGAAAUCCACACCCUCUUCCGAUUUCGAUCCGCCCCCUGAUUUUUCCAAAAUGGACAUGUCCGAGAUCCAGGCGGAGAUGAUGAAGCGGCAUACCGGCCCGGCUUUUGGGUUUGUGAAGCUCCGGCUGGGCGUCAAACGGACUCGGGAUACGGUGGCUGAAAUUGCUAUGAAAUGGACCAAAGUUCUGAGAACUGGAGCUCUUGGGGUAAGAUUCAUGGGUGUUGAUCUAAACACAAUCAUGUUCAACAUGGAACAAGGCCAAGAAAUGACAGAGUUGAAGGAGUUUGUGUUGACCCAACCAGAGGCCUAUGAAAUAAAGAUCGGCGAUCAAGUUUUUCGAAGACCUGGAGAUCCUCCGUUGGAGGAAGUUGUGGAGAAGCUCCAGAAUGAGAAAAAGAGAGUGGAGAAUGAGAGUCCAGCAGAGAGCAAUAGGCAUUUGAAAGAGGAAUUGUAG